AUGGCAACGUACCGUAACGAUCGCAUAAUCACAUCAUAUCGCAUCGUCAAGCAGAUUCAAGUUCUACAUUGCGGGAGAGCAGGUGGAAGAAAAGUGGAUCUACGUGGACAGCCCGCGCUGCUGCUCAGACUGUACAUAUGUAUCUCGAGGCUGGAAGUGCAAGGAGAAGACCUGCCUGCUCAAUUGCCCCUGGAUUGUAAGCGCAGUGGUCCGUAUAUGCUGGUUGUAAAAGUUUACGGCUGGGCUGGGCUGCUCUGGUCUGGUCUGUCUCAGCAUUACUACGACCUCGGCCCUGGUGAUAAAGAUUUUAGGUUCAUAAUGUGA